AAAAAAAAAAAAAUCAAAUUCAUACAUUACUCGUAUCAUUUAAACUUUUUAGGAGUAAUAUAUUCUCCUUCAAUUAGUAAGAUUCCACCCCAUAAUUUUCUUUUUUUAAAAGUAAAAAGGAAAAAAUAAGAAAGAGUUGGGAAGAACCCUAGAAUUACCAAACCCUCAAUUCUAAUCCUCCGCCUCUAUCGCCUAUCUCCCUUCACUCUUUCUCACUCAUCAUUCGACGCGGAAGACUACGACGAACUCUUGCGCAGAUUCCCAAUUCUUCAUUGCUACCUCAUCAAUCCGCUUCCUCUCUCCUCCACUCGAUCUCUCUGAUUUUUUAAAGGAAUUUUUAGGGAGGGGAGCUUAGACUACUGUGAUCAAUAUGGCGCGCAAAGGAUUGAUGGAACAGGACUUGAGCAAGUUGGAUGUGACAAAACUACAUCCUUUAUCACCUGAAGUUAUUUCUAGACAAGCUACCAUUAACAUUGGAACUAUUGGUCAUGUGGCCCAUGGAAAGUCGACAGUUGUGAAGGCUAUAUCUGGUGUUCAGACUGUACGUUUUAAGAAUGAGCUGGAGCGUAAUAUCACUAUCAAGCUUGGUUAUGCUAAUGCCAAGAUUUAUAAAUGUGAUGAUGAUCGGUGCCCAAGACCUAUGUGCUAUAAGGCAUACGGAAGUGGAAAGGAAGAUACCCCUAUGUGUGAUGUACCUGGAUUUGAGAAUGCUAGGAUGAAGCUUCUGAGACAUGUGUCAUUUGUUGACUGCCCGGGUCAUGAUAUUCUCAUGGCUACUAUGCUUAAUGGAGCUGCUAUUAUGGAUGGAGCUUUACUUCUUAUUGCUGCCAAUGAGAGCUGUCCCCAACCCCAGACAUCUGAGCAUCUUGCUGCAAUUGAGAUCAUGCGACUUCAGCAUAUUAUCAUCCUCCAAAAUAAGGUUGAUCUCAUCCAAGAAAAUGUUGCUAUAAACCAGCAUGAAGCUAUUCAGAAAUUUGUUCAGGGAACUGUUGCUGAUGGAGCGCCUGUAGUUCCAAUUUCUGCUCAGUUGAAGUACAACAUUGAUGUUGUUUGUGAAUACAUUGUCAAAAAGAUUCCUAUUCCUGAAAGAAACUUUGUCUCACCACCAAAUAUGAUCGUGAUCCGGUCUUUUGAUGUUAACAAACCCGGAUAUGAGGUUGAUGAUAUUCGAGGUGGUGUUGCUGGUGGAAGUAUUUUAAAGGGUGUUUUAAGGAUAAACCAAAAUAUUGAAGUUCGACCUGGAAUUGUUGUUAAGGAUGAUAGUGGCAACAUAAAAUGCACACCCAUAUACUCCAGAAUUGUUUCGUUGUUUGCUGAGCAGAAUGAGUUGCAAUUUGCUGUGCCAGGAGGUCUGAUUGGGGUUGGAACAACCAUGGAUCCCACAUUAACCCGAGCUGAUAGAUUGGUAGGUCAGGUACUUGGUGAGGUUGGAUCGCUUCCAGAUGUAUAUGUUGAGCUAGAGGUGAAUUUCUUCUUGCUUCGACGGCUGCUUGGUGUGAGAACGAAGGGAACUGAGAAGCAAGGAAAGGUGACAAAAUUAACUAAGGCGGAGAUUCUUAUGUUGAACAUUGGGUCCAUGUCUACUGGUGCCCGUGUAGUCGCUGUCAAAAAUGAUUUGGCGAAGUUGCAACUUACAUCUCCAGUUUGCACAAGCAAAGGAGAGAAGAUCGCUCUGAGUCGGCGGGUUGAAAAGCAUUGGCGACUGAUUGGGUGGGGACAGAUUCAAGCUGGUAUCACCCUUGAGAUCCCACCCUGCCCCCUGUGAGUUGUGAGGUAUAAGAAGUGAGAAAGAGAGACUAGAUAGGACUAAGAAGUUCCGGGGAAAUGUGGGUUGGGAGAGAACUGUUGGGUACAAUUUUUUUGAGAUGGAGGAGAAAACCAUUUCUCAUGCUCGAUUUUGGUUUAUUUAGUACAUGUUUUAAGAUAUUAAUUGCUCCUGAUUCUAUGAAUGUUUUUGUUUUUAUGGUUAUUAGUUAUUACAUGAGUUUGUUGUACAAUAUGGAGGCAAUUCCAGUGCAAAAAAUUUUCCGUGCAGCUCUCA